UUUCUUUUCUUUUUUUCUUUCGGAAAUGUGAGUUGCGUUCAGGAUUUCGGGGAAAUAAGCGAAUCCGUUUCGAGAAAAGACUCAAAGUGUUUGUGAGUUCGAGCUCCAGCAGCUCCGGAGCCUCUGGACCAUGAUGGGACGAGUUCUCUGAGCCGUCAAAAUGUUCGCGGUCCAUCGAGAAAGGGAGCAGCCCAUCUUCAGCGCCAGAGCUCACGUCUUCCAGAUCGACCCGGCCACGAAGCGGAACUGGCUGCCGGCGAGCAAGCACGCCGUCACGGUCUCCUUCUUCUACGACGCCGGGCGCAGCGUCUACCGCAUCAUCAGCGUCGGGGGCACGAAGGCCAUCAUCAACAGCACCAUCACUCCCAACAUGACCUUCACCAAAACCUCACAGAAGUUCGGCCAGUGGGCCGACAGCCGGGCCAACACCGUCUACGGCCUGGGCUUCUCCACGGAGCAGCAGCUGCAGCAGUUCGCGGAGCAGUUCAAGGAGGUGAAGGAGGCGGCCCGUCUGGCCAGAGAGAAAUCUCAGGAGCGGUUUGAACUGGCCAACCCGGCCCUGAACAUUGCAGCUCCGGAGCUCUCCCAGGACCUGUCCGAGGAGCGCCAUCCCCCCCCGCUGCUCGCGGUGGACGGGCCCGGAGAGGAGAAGCUGUUCCGGAGUCAGAGCGCCGAGGUGGAGCUGACGGUGGAGAAGGAGCGCGUCAAGAAGAUGCUGUCAGAGGGGUCCAUGUGUGAGAUGAACAUGGAGGCGGAGCUCUUCACGCUGCAGGACAGCAACGCCAAGCUGGGGGAGGCGCUGCAGGAAGCCACGGGCGGCGUGGAGCGGUGGAGGACGCAGCUGGCCGAAUACCAGGAGGAGACGGAGCGCCUCAGAGAGCAGGUGGCUGAGCUCGAGGCCCAGCUGGGUCCUCCUGCUGCUGGCCCGGCGGUUGGAGACGAGCUGAGUCGAUCGGUGGAGGAGCUGGAAGCCCUGCUGAGCACCAGAGAUCAGGAAAUUUGCAAUCUACAGAGCAAGAAAACAGAUGUGGGCGAGCUGGAGAAAGAGAGAGAGGACGCCGAGCAGAGACUUCAGGACCUGGAGAGCCAGAACCUGGACCUGGAGCAUCGCGUCCAGACGGCCGAGGAGACGCUGGCGUCCAGCCGGGAGGAGCAGAGCCGGGCGCGGGCCGAGGUCCGGCGUGCCAUCGACGUCCUCGACGUCAAGAUCUGCGACCUGAGCGACUUGAGGCGGAGCCUGGAGCAGCUCAUCGACAAGUAGCCGGGCCGCGGCUCCACGGGCGGCACCGGCUCCGCCCACGUGGCCUCGGCUCCACCCACGUGGCACCGGCUCCGCCCACGUGGCCUCGGCUCCACCCACGUGGCACCGGCUCCGCCCACGUGGCCUCGUCUGGAGGUCCACGGGUUCAGCAGCAGAGAAGACGUGUUGUUUACCUCCAGGGAUCUUCUCCAGAUUAGUGAUCUUUAAAUCAGUGAUCUUUAAAUCAGUGUGCUUCAGAUCAGUGUUCUUAGGAUCAGUGAUCUUAGGAUCAGUGUUUUUAGGAUCAGUUUUCUUCAGAUCAGUGAUCUUGGGAUCAGUGAUCUCAGAUUAGGUAAACGGCAGCGAUCACAAACCUCUUUACGCCGUGCAAAAUAAAAAGUCCCGUGCUCAGUGCGGCCUUGGCAUGCGUCUCGUAAACAAAGGGUCGUGUGAUGUAACCACGGCCGGUUUUCCAGAGCGGCGCUCCCAGCAGCUCCGCCUCCUCCAGGAGAGAUUCUGUAUCAGAUGACGUGUUUUAGAAACAGGUUUUUACUUCGUUUUCCAUCUGCCGUCGUUUAAAAAGAACUCUUCUGGAAGAACAACGUCCUCUUCCUCUUAUUUUAGAAGCUGACGGUCUUUUCCGUGAUGGACUCAAUUAUUCAUGAAUCAUUCUCUCAAAAGGACUUUUAAAUCAUGAUUUAUCGGUCGCAGAUAAUCAAACUCAAAUUACCCGUUUAAAAGAUUAUAAACAUGCUAUUUCAUCAUUUUUAACAAGUAUCAAAAGAUAUUUUUAUUUUGUGUAAAGUAUCUUUGUUGUUGUUUUUAUACAAAGUGGCCCCUCCCCUUUAUUGUAAUGUUUUAUUAAUGAAUGAAGAGACGAGAGCAGCAAAAAAUAGGCGAAAAGGAAACGACCGGGUUUAUUAUAAGAUAAAGUUCUGACGGUCUCAACCGUCCAAUCAGAGCAGAGGACUCCAGGUGGUUGUAAAAUAACAUUUUAUGGACGAUUACUUUUGUACUCCUAUAUUAAACAUAAAUAUUUGAUCAUAAUUCAGAGAUGCAGUUUUGUUCACUGCGGUUUGCAGGAGACUCGACGCAUUACUCAUCAUAAUAUCAAUAAUCCUGUAUGAAGACACAUGAAUAUACCUUUUUAAGAUAUGUAUUUUCUCAUUCUGCAAGAGACUCAGUGAAAUAUCUGCUUCUACACGAUAACUUGAGUUGAUGAUCGUGUGACGCCCUUUCACCCUGUGGGGGGUGCACCCAGCAGGAGGUCUGCGGGGUCACUGAGGCCGAGACCUGCAGGAGGAGCUCCAGUCCACCAUCAGAAACUCUGAGGAUCUUCAGCGUGCCCACGUUCUCUUUCUGAGGAGAGGACUGCUCUUUACUCUCUUUACUCUCCUUAUUUUAUUAUUCUAUUAUUCAUGAACAUCGAUGCGUUGCUCAGGAAACCAGAGAUGCUACCGGCAGAAUUUCUGCUGAAUACAAGACGAAGAUGAAGACCAGUGUGCGAGGCUGCCGAGGCGGUCUCGCCCUGAAGGAGUUGAACCUGAACCUGACAUUGUGUUUGUGCCAAGUUGUUGAGUUUGUUUACAUUUCAGAACCUUUUUCUCUGUGUUGGUCAUCUACCAGAAUAGUAAAUAACAACACAUCAUCGUGAGCUCCGCUUCACCCCCCGAGGAAUGUGAACCUGUGUGUGUGUGUGUGUGUGUGCACAAUGUGAAUUGUGCAGUGGUCAGGUACUUUGGUCACAUGACCCGCUACACGCAGCAGCUCGUCCUCUCCCGAUGAGGUCAUUUCUUCUGUUAUAUUUGGUUAAAUAAGAUUAAAUCUCUAGCCGAUGCAGAACCCAAGAGGUCAAAAUGUAAUUUAAGCGUUUCACAAUCAAAUCCAUUGUGAUAAACUACCAGAUAAUGAACCCCGACAGUGUUUUACUGUGUGGAUUGUCCCGUGUUCAACUGAUGGUGUAUUUAUAACCACAAUUUAUAUUAUAGCGUAAGAACAUGACAAAAAAAUACAUGUCCAACUCAUUUAAUACUGAAAUGUUACUGAUCACAUUUAGUUUAUAUUGUUCCUCCAGUAAACUCAGAUUGACACGUUGCUAAACUCAGAGUUCUGACCAGCUGCUGCUGAAGCUUCACUGGAUCAGCAACGAGUCUCCAGCGUGGAUUAGUUGAGGCGAGGAGCUCUGCACACACACCUGUUCAUCACGCCAACAGACGCCCCCCCUCCACUGAUGACGUCACAACAGCCUUAUUCCAGUCAUCAGAAGUCUUGAUUCAUUGUACUUACGGUAUAAUAACACAACACAUCAGUUGUGGACUUUUUUUUUUAAAUGUUAAUUUGAUCUUCAGUAUUUUGCAUUUACAGGUUUGAGGAGAUCUCCACUUUAUCUUUGAGACUCGAGGGAACUGCUGAAUUAUUUACUGAAUUAAAACAAUGUGACUCAGCAGCAGCUCCCUAAACACUCAAGAUUCUGGAUUAAAGCUUUUGGAAAAACUAUAACGGGAGAAUGUAGAACCAAAGAUGCAUCUGUCAUGAGACACAGCUGGAAUAAACAUCUGCAUGAUGCAGUUCAUCUACGAUA